AAAAGUACGUAUGAAUUGUACAUAUCACAUACUGUUUUACGCAUUGCGUUUAUACAUCAGCUGUCUACCAUUAAAUGCAGUGGUUUUGACGAAGUACGAAAUUGGAAUUAUAUAAGAUAACGAAACGUGAAUAAGUUUGUUUGUUGAGACCCAAGUCCUAAAAAUCAGUUUUGAGAUAACGUCCAACUACUGUAGAGAACGAUUGCCAGUUCGUCAAUCAGCUCUCAACGUUGCAUUUGCUUGUGAACGAGACACCUUUAUAUUUUAAUCAACGAUACCGUCAUAGGAAUUAUCCUUUAUAAAUACUAAUAAAACAAUUUAUAAUAUUUUCUACUGACAGACUGUGGAUUUUGUGUUAUAAUUAAAUUUUUAUCAAUGACAAGUGUUCAGUAGUGUCUAACGUUGAUUUUGAUAAAGAUUGUUGCUCUUUGUACGUGUCAGAUGUUACAAAAAAAUUGAUAUGACAUAAAAUAUUGCAAAAUUUUUUAAUCUAAUGAUUUAGAAAAUAUCCUGUGAUUAUUACAUAAGUGGCAGGAUGUCUGACAAGAUUGAAAUUGAUCCUUUCAGUGAAACACCUCUGGAAUCUCAAAAUUGCGAAGUGCAUCUGUCGUCAAUAAGGAGCAAAUCAUAUGCUCAGAAUAUCUAUAAUACGUAUAAGUAUCUACAUAUGUACUCGAUACGCGCAGUCGACAUAAAGAAGAAUUUGAAAAUUAUGCAGAGUUACUGCAAAUUGGAUUCCAGAAACUACCAGAGAAUUAAAUUCAAAGGAUAACUCACAAAAUAUAAUAAAUGAAUUAACAUAUGCAGAACCUUUAACUGCAGAACAAAUACGAUGGUUUUAUAGAGAUGGUGUAGAUAAAAGAUGGGUAGAAUUCUGUGGAUAUGAUAGCUUAAGAAUUGAAUAUGCUUGGCAAAAUUAUCAAAAUUUCCUUAGUAAAAGUAAUAAUAUAAUCAACAAUCCACCUACUGUUGAAAAAAUUGUAGUUAGAGGAGGAAUGUACGAUGUGGAACUAGAUAAAAUGAAAUGUGUUUCAAUAUAUUGUACAGGUGAAGAAUGGGAAAUUAUGAGAGGGACUUGGUAUUAUGAUGGUAGUUGGUUACCUUUAGAGGCAGAACAAGCUAAAAUUAUAGAAGAAGUUCAUCUUAAUCUUUUUCAAAAGCAAAAUUCUGGUCAAUCCACUUCAACAUAUGAUACACCUUCUCACUCUUACGAAGUAUUACACACGGAACAUUUUUCUGAAUUUCAUGUUGACUGGCAUAGUAUAAAUGAUGUAGUAUUAUAUAGCGAAUAUAGGCAUAAAAAAUUAAUGCGUAGUGUUACAUCAAAACUAGGUUUCGCAAAAACAACAGGUUAUCAACUAAGAAGAGGAUAUAAAAUCGCUGCUGUAAAGGAAGAUAAACCUCAUGAUAUUGAUCAUAUAAUUUUUGUAGUUCAUGGAAUUGGUCAAAAAGGAGAUACUGGAAAAAUUAUUCGUAAUACAACAUUGUUUAGAGACUGUGUAGAUUGGUUGAAACAAAAAUAUUUUCCUAACUCUAACUAUAGAAUAGAAUUUUUCCCUGUGGAAUGGCGUUCAUCGUUAAAGCUUGAUGGAGGUAUAGUAGAGGCUAUCACUCCCUUUAGUGUGGUAAGCAUACGACACUUAUUAAAUACAUCAGCAAUGGAUAUUCUCUACUACACAAGUCCUCUUUAUGGAGGGGAAGUAAGAGCUGGAUUACAAAAAGAGUUAAAUAGAUUAUACUUUAUGUUUACUAGUCGUCAUCCUGGUUGGAAAGGGAAAGUUUCAAUUUUAGCACAUUCUUUGGGAUGUGUAAUUGUUUAUGACAUUGUCACAGGCUGGAUGGCUCCAGAUACAAGACCUCCAUCUCCAGAAACGCAAGAAGUUUUAAAACAACGAUUACAAUUCCCUAUUGAAAAUUUAUUUUGUUUGGGUUCCCCAUUAUCAGUAUUUCUUGUAUUACGUACACCUUCUCCAUCCAACAAAACAGAUGUGAUGCCUCAAGGUUUAUGCAAAAGAUUUUACAAUAUAUUUCACUGGUCUGAUCCUGUAGCUUAUAGAAUGGAACCACUUUUAGAAAGGGGAUAUAGCAAAAUUGAACCUGUUCUAAUUCCGCCAUAUGGAGGAGUUGAUGGUCAACAAACAGAGCAGUCACCACCAACAAUGAGUAAUGCUGACCAAAAUUGUUCUCUUAUAGCAGAUAAUGAUGAAAAAGAAGAAAAUUCAGUAGAUAUGUCUAAUCGUGCACCAGACAAAGGUUGGAGUCUUUGGGGCUUAGUCCGUGCUGGUUGGAAUGUUAAAAAAGAUGUUUCUGCACCUAUCCAACCAGGUCAAGAAUUAACAGAACGAUUGGAUUAUGUACUUCGAGCAAGUUUAGGAAGAAAUUAUUUUUACACAUUAGCAGCACAUACAACAUAUUGGAGUAACUACGAUGUAGCUUAUUUUGUGCUAACAAGACUUUUUCCAACAUUAGAAACAUGAUGUUGGUUUGUAUGUGUAGAAUGAAAUCAGUCAGAUUUUGUUAAAAUUUACUAGUCCAUUGUAGGCCUUUAAAACUUAAUAUUGGGAGUAGGCCUACCACCAAAACAAUCUGUGAUAAUGAAAAAAACGAUACAAUAAUAUUAUAGAUUCUAUGUAAUCGUUUUAUAUCGUUCGCAUAAUUUAAGGUUAAUGUGGUCGAGUUUCACAAUUAAAGAGUUGAAACGAGAUUUAACAUAUUCUAUAAGGUACCUCAUUUAUAUGGAGUAUAUUAGCAUAGUUAAUUAAAUGAUUGUUUAAGUAAUUUCAUCUAAUUAGUAAAUUCUUCAUCAUUAAAAAGAUAUAUUUUAUAAUCUAUGUUGAAUAUGCAAAUAUAGUUUAUGUAAAAUAUUUAUUUAAAUUACUAUAAUAUAUUAUUGAAUAGUAUAUCUUUCAAAAAUUUGUAUUAUACAGGUUAACUGAAAAAUUAUUAGUUAUAUUUAUUUUUUAGGUAGAGAAGUUAUAUUUCAGAUCUUAAAAUAACAUUAAAAUUGUGCUUUAAGCAACGCUAAAACGUUAUAAUUAACUAUCAUAAUAAUCUAAGAUCAUAAAUCUAUAUUAUAAGAAUUUGAAAAAUCCUUUUGCGUUCAAUAAUAUAACACAUUUUUUUUAUAUAUCUCCACAAACUAAUAUCGAUACGAAAUUGUAAUUCUACUUUCUGUUACAUGUGUACAUAGCUUUGUAUAUUUUAUAUUGUUUAUUAAUAUGUUACGUAUUAUAUAUUAUUUACAUGUUAGGUAAAGAAAGACAGAAAUGUAUUUAAUCAAAUUUUAAUUAAUUAUUUUGACUUAUUUAAAAUUAUUGAUUGAGAUCGAUAUGCGUUAAAUAUUUUAUUUCUUUGUUAUAGUAAUCUUUUAUUUUGCUAUAAAAAAUGAAACUCGUCCUAUGUACUGAAAGUUUACUUAAAAUAAGACAAAAAAUAUUUGAUUAAUUGUAUCAAUCAAGGUCGACCCAUAAAACAAAUAAAUGAUAUCAAUAUGUUAUCUUUGUUGCUUCGAA